CGGUUCGGAGCCCCUCCGCCACUAGGUGAAAGGUUUGGUGGGGAGACACUGUCGGUGACCGGGGAAGAGAGACUGAGGGGAUCCUGCAGGAGGGCGGACGAGUCAGGCGGACGAGUCGGGCGGACUCGGCUGUCACCCGGAGCUGCUGCUAUUGCCGCUGCUGCCUCCCAGUGGCGGGGAGGAGGAGGAGGCGGCGGCGGCGGCUGUGGCACCAGCAGCCGACAUACAGCAGUCGGGGAGCCCACUGGAGGGAGCGAGCCGGACCUUCGUCUGUCUGUCUGUGUGUGUGUCUGUCUGGGUGCGGCGGCUAAGCUGCCCUUUCAGGAUCCCUGUUUGUUCCCCGUCGUCGUGGGAUUUCCUGCUGGGAUAUUUUACUCCUUCCUCUCUUCUUCCUUCCUUCCUCUGCUUCCCCCACACAUCCGCCUCUUCUUCCACCGUUUUCUUGUCUCUUUAACCAUCCUGUCAAAACUGCCGCCGGGAUCGCCCUCCCCCCUCCCUCGGUUCACGUACACGGGGGACGUCGCUCGCUCCCCUCUCUUUCGCCUCUCCCCUCCCUCUGAGCUCUAAGCUAGGGGGCCGCAGAGGCGCUGGGGGGGGAAGCCGCGACUACCGGGGGAGGACCAGGAGGAGGAGGAAGUCUGGAGAAGAGGGAGCGCCUGGGGAGACCAUGAAGAAAUUCAACAUCAGGAAGGUACUGGACGGCCUGACAGCCGGCUCGUCGUCGUCGUCGUCCUCGCAGCAGCAGCAGCAGCAGCAGCAGCAGCAGCUACAGCAGCCGGGAAGCCGGGAGAAUGAAGUGCAGGAGACGCUCCAGUCGGAGCACUUCCAGCUCUGCAAGACUGUUCGACAUGGAUUCCCCUAUCAACCUUCAGCCUUGGCAUUUGAUCCUGUGCAGAAGAUCCUGGCAGUUGGAACUCAGACUGGUGCUUUAAGGCUCUUUGGUCGUCCAGGAGUAGAAUGUUAUUGCCAGCAUGAUAGUGGUGCAGCAGUAAUCCAGCUCCAGUUCCUGAUUAAUGAGGGAGCUCUUGUGAGUGCCUUGGCUGAUGAUACUUUACAUUUGUGGAAUUUACGUCAGAAGAGACCGGCCAUACUGCAUUCACUGAAAUUUAGCAGAGAAAGGAUAACAUUUUGCCAUUUGCCUUUCCAGAGCAAAUGGCUCUAUGUGGGCACAGAAAGAGGCAACAUACAUAUUGUCAAUGUUGAAUCCUUCACACUCUCAGGCUAUGUCAUUAUGUGGAAUAAAGCCAUUGAGCUGUCAUCUAAAUCUCACCCAGGACCUGUUGUCCAUAUAAGUGAUAAUCCAAUGGAUGAGGGAAAGCUGUUGAUUGGCUUUGAGUCUGGAACAGUAGCAUUAUGGGACCUCAAAUCAAAGAAAGCAGAUUAUAGGUACACACAUGAUGAGGCUAUACACUCUGUUGCCUGGCACCAUGAAGGAAAACAAUUCAUUUGUAGCCAUUCAGAUGGCACUUUAACAAUAUGGAAUGUAAAGUCUCCUACCAAGCCUGUACAGACAAUUACUCCACAUGGAAAGCAAUUAAAGGAUGGGAAAAAACCAGAACCAUGCAAACCUAUCCUCAAGGUGGAAUUCAAAACGACUAGAUCUGGGGAACCUUUUAUCAUUCUUUCAGGUGGUUUGUCCUAUGAUACUGUAGGAAGGAGACCUUGUUUAACAGUUAUGCAUGGAAAAAGCACAGCUGUGCUAGAAAUGGAUUAUUCAAUUGUUGAUUUUCUUACACUUUGUGAAACACCAUACCCAAAUGAUUUUCAAGAACCAUAUGCUGUGGUUGUCCUUCUGGAAAAAGAUUUAGUACUUAUAGACCUUGCACAAAAUGGGUAUCCUAUAUUUGAAAAUCCCUAUCCCUUGAGUAUACAUGAAUCUCCUGUUACCUGUUGUGAAUAUUUUGCUGAUUGUCCUGUAGAUGUUAUCCCUGCACUUUAUUCUGUUGGAGCCAGACAGAAACGCCAAGGAUACAGCAAAAAGGAAUGGCCCAUUAGUGGAGGUAACUGGGGAUUGGGGACUCAGAGUUACCCUGAAAUUAUCAUUACAGGGCAUGCAGAUGGGUCUGUCAAGUUCUGGGAUGCCUCUGCAAUAACACUUCAAGUACUAUAUAAGCUAAAAACAUCUAAAGUAUUUGAAAAAUCAAGAAAUAAAGAUGACAGACCAAACACAGACAUUGUAGAUGAAGAUCCAUAUGCCAUUCAAAUAAUUUCAUGGUGCCCAGAAAGUAGACUGCUGUGCAUUGCUGGCGUUUCAGCACACGUCAUUAUCUAUCGGUUCAGCAAACAGGAAGUAACAACAGAAGUGAUUCCGAUGCUUGAAAUAAGACUGUUAUAUGAGAUAAAUGAUGUGGACUCACCUGAACUUGAACAAGUUCCACCAUUGCCAACACCUGUAGGUGGUUCCAAUCCUCAACCUGUUCCUCCUCAGUCUCAUCCAUCAACUAGUAGCAGCUCAUCUGAUGGACUUCGUGAUAAUGUUCCUUGUUUAAAGGUUAAAAAUUCUCCUCUCAAGCAGUCUCCAGGGUAUCAGGCAGAGCUGGUAAUUCAGCUUGUAUGGGUAGGUGGAGAACCGCCACAACAAAUAACUAGCCUUGCUGUCAACUCUUCUUAUGGCAUAGUAGUUUUUGGCAAUUGUAAUGGUAUUGCAAUGGUUGAUUAUCUCCAAAAAGCAGUGCUUCUCAAUCUUGGCACCAUUGAAUUAUAUGGUUCUAAUGAUCCUUAUCGAAGAGAACCCCGAUCACCAAGAAAAUCUCGACAGCCAUCAGGAGCAGGUCUCUGUGAUAUUAAUGAAGGGACUGUAGUGCCAGAGGAUCGUUGCAAGUCCCCCACUUCUGGUUCUACGUCACCAAACAAUUCUGAUGAUGAACAAAAAGUGACUAAUUUUAUAGAAAAGGUGAAGACCAAAAGCAGAAAAUUUUCCAAGAUGGUAGCCAAUGAUAUCGCCAAGAUGUCAAGAAAGUUAAGCUUACCUACAGAACUGAAGCCUGAUUUAGAUAUAAAAGACAAUUCCUUCAGUCGGUCACGGAGUUCAAGUGUAACCAGUAUUGAUAAAGAAUCCCGAGAAGCAAUUUCAGCUCUUCAUUUCUGUGAAACUUAUACACGAAAGACUGAUUCUUCACCUUCCCCAUGUUUAUGGGUUGGGACUACUUUAGGUACAGUGCUUGUCAUUGCACUGAACAUUCCUCCAAGUGGUGAACAAAGACUCCUUCAGCCAGUGAUCGUGUCUCCAAGUGGUACCAUAUUGAGAUUAAAAGGGGGAAUCCUAAGAAUGGCCUUUCUAGAUACUACUGGAUGUUUAAUGCCACCAGCAUAUGAACCCUGGAGAGAAUAUAAUGUGCCUGAAGAAAAAGAUGAAAAGGAUAAGCUGAAAAAAAGGCGACCUGUCUCUGUGUCUCCCUCUUCCUCUCAGGAAAUUAGUGAAAACCAAUAUGCAGUGAUUUGUUCUGAAAAGCAAGCAAAAGUGAUCUCAUUGCCUACCCAGAACUGCGCUUAUAAGCAAAAUAUAACAGAGACCUCAUUUGUUCUUCGUGGAGAUAUAGUGGCAUUGAGCAAUAGUAUUUGUCUUGCAUGUUUCUGUGCUAAUGGACAUAUUAUGACUUUUAGUUUGCCAAGUUUAAGGCCACUGUUGGAUGUGUAUUACCUGCCGCUUACCAACAUGAGGAUAGCAAGAACAUUCUGCUUCACCAACAAUGGACAAGCAUUGUAUCUUGUCUCACCUACAGAAAUUCAGAGACUCACCUAUAGUCAAGAAACUUGUGAAAAUCUCCAGGAAAUGUUAGGUGAACUCUUCACUCCAGUAGAAACACCGGAAGCACCAAACAGGGGUUUUUUUAAAGGCUUGUUUGGAGGUGGUGCACAAUCCCUUGAUAGAGAAGAACUCUUUGGAGAAUCAGCAUCUGGAAAGGCAUCCAGGAGUCUUGCUCAACACAUCCCUGGUCCUGGUGGAAUUGAAGGUGUUAAAGGAGCAGCAUCUGGCGUAGUUGGUGAAUUGGCUCGAGCCAGGUUGGCAUUAGAUGAAAGAGGACAGAAACUUGGUGAUCUUGAAGAAAGGACAGCGGCAAUGCUGUCAAGUGCGGAUUCAUUUUCUAAACAUGCUCAUGAGAUGAUGUUGAAAUAUAAAGAUAAAAAGUGGUACCAGUUUUGAAAGCCAAAAUCCAGUUAUAUCCAACUUUGUCUGGAAGAGGGGAAAAAAAAUCCUUUUUUUUUUUUCAUUAAUUUCUUUAAGACAGAAUUGAAGGGGUAUUCAUCACUGGAUACUUUUCUUUCUUAGCACAAUCAUGCACUGUUUUACCUCAGUCAUGUGGCUUUAACUGAGGAGUGUUGUAUUUAAAAUGCAUACACACAAACACACAACUGGAGUAUCCAUGUAUGUCUCAGCCAUGAAUUAACAGCUUGAGAAGUAGCAGGUCACACAGGACAUGAAGAGGAAAGAGAAAUUGGCACAAAGUGGCACUGGCAGUCUUGGAUCAGUUCACAUACCUAGAGAUUUUGUGCUAUUGUAUCAGCUAUCAGUGUGGAGUUUCUUUUGAGAAGAGUAAUAAAUCAGGGGUUCUGGAACUAGAACAGUCAUAUUUGCAUCAUUGAAAUGAACUAUUAACAACGGUUAUGAACUUCCCUUCCCCUUAAGUGGGUUGGUCAUCAUUAUCAGUAGCGAAGAAGAAUUAAACUGUUUGCCACCAUCUAUUGAAACAGACAAAAGUUAAAGUAUUGCCUAUUGAUAAUGAAAACAAACAUAGUUGACCUGUGGAUGGACUAUUCUUGGAUCUCUGUUGUAUUCCUAUAUUCAAUCCAUACUCUGUCAAGUACAAAACAAGGAGAUGAAUCACUUUUCAUUGAAAAGUGAAAAGAACAUGAACUGCUCAUAUUUCUGGAAAUUUCUUUGUAAAAUGGCUAUGCAGUGUGAAAAGUGAAAAACCUCCAUUGUGGUGAGGAGAAUACUUCAAUGUCUGUUGUUUUUGUUCUCAUUAACUCAGCUAAUGGUAGUUUUGACCAAAAAAGUUAUUGGUUCAAUUUGUAAAAAUGUUAAAAUUGGCUAAAGUUUUAAUUUAUGCUUGAUUUUUUUUUUUUAUAAAAUGUUUAACCAAAUGUACCUUUGCAUCUAUUUAAUUAAAAUGGCUAACAUGGUUUCAUUAUUUCAGUAAAAUGUGCAACUCCAUAAUUAGAGGGAAAAAAACUCUUUAUUUGCUACCAGUACACUCAGGUGAUGAGCCAGUUUAAAUUUACUGCACAUACUAUAACAUGGAAAAUACCAAGCAUCUAAUGUCAGUAAUUCUAUAUAAAUCUAUCCAAUGACCUAUUUUCUGUAGAAUUAAUAUAUUAUAAAUCUGUAUAUGUCCUUUCAAAAUUUUAAUGAGCCAAAAGAGAAAAUAAUGUACAUUUUGGUAAACUAAAUUUAUUAUUUCCAGUACUAGGGUCUAAUACUAAAUAAGACCAACAAUGAAAAAUUAAGUACUGGUUUCCCAGUAUAGUGUUAAUGACAGAAACAAAGGGACUGAUUAGAUUUGGAAGCAAUCUCAUAUUAAUUCAGACAAGACAGUGAAAUUCUUGACUGCUCUAUUAAAGCAGUAAAAAAGAAGUGCAUAAUAGGAGCACUAAAAUUAAUGUUCAUUAAAUUAAAAUAUUUUGUUCUGUAAGUAAUGAUUGUCUUGUUUUUUUCUUUAGAGAAUAGAGCACAAAUUGAUAAUAUAUAAAUGAUUUUUCUUUCCUACUAUAGUGUCAUUAUGGCAUACUUACAACACCUUAACUUUAUAGGGUUAGUUAUACUUUUUUUUCUCUUUAACCAUUUCAUAAUGAAACUUUUGUGUUUACAUCUCAAAAAGUGCACUACUGGACAAAAAAUGUUUACAUUCAGGUUAGUUUUAAGUAUCAUUUGAUAGACAUACUAUAAAAGUUGAUUCAAACCAAUUUAAAAAAAAAGCAGCCUUUUUCUGCAGAAAGCUGUUUGGAAUUUGCACAGAGCUCUGAUGAAUAACUUGUUAUUCUAUAUAAUGUUUUCCCUAUGAUGAAAAUGUAGUACUUCACAAAUUGCUUUAUUUGUAUCAUAUUCCUAUACCCUACUGUUCUAUGUUAUAUUAUCAUAAAAGAUAUUUAAUACCUCUUUGAAAAAUACAGUUCAACAUAUGUUAUGGAAAAAGUUAACAAAUUUGGAAGAGUUGGCAAGAAGCACUAAGAAAAAUAUUUUAUUAGUCCCCACAUGUGUGUAAUGCCACAUGUGUAAUAAUACCAGCUAUUUAAUAUGCCACAGGAUUAUUUUAUGCUUGUUAAUUAUUUCAUUUGUGAGUUCACAUAUUGGUUACAUAAUGAACUAAUAUUUAAUUGUUUAAUUUAAAAAUGAAGGAAAUUAGUUAAAAUUUUACAUAUCCUCAAAUGGAUGCUUGGCUCCUUUUCUUCCUUAAAUCAUGUCACUGAUAAAUGGCAAAUUAAACAUUCACUGUAAGAUUAGAAAGUUAAACAUUCUAAAACAUAAUAUUGGAACAUUUUUCAGGGAUCUACUUAAUUCACUUUUACAAUUCCUUAACAAUUAUUGUAUAAAAUUUGGUUCUAGUUCUACUUAAUCUUCAGUGAAACAGGUUGCCGUAAUAAUUCCUUAAUGAUUAUCCUAUAGAAGUUGAUUUUCUUUUAGUAAGUUUAACUACUUAACUUUUUUUUCCUCUUUUAAAAAAAUGUAAAAAUUAUCAUUAAGUCAAGAAAAAAAAGGACAGGGCAUAGGUAUAACAAUAAAACAUUGGUAAUGCAAAGAAUAAGGAUAAUCAGAAUGUUUAAUGUGCUUCUUUCUUAUUUUUUAAAUAUUGUUCUUUGUUUCAUUUGCCUUUCAUUGGCCUCUAUUUCAAAAGACAAGUACAUGUACUUACAUACUCAAUUCAUCUUAUUUUUCCAAACUAAAAUUCAUUUAUAUAUUCAUAUAUGUAUGUGUGUAUAUGUAUGCACACUUACGCUUGGAAAGAAACUUGUGGAAAAAGCUCUUAUUGUAUUUGCCAAUAUUUUUAAAAUUCUGUAUAAUAUGUCUGUGUGAUAUUAGGAAAGGGUUUAUCAUAAUCCCUUAGAUUUGCAUUUUGGUUGUGGAAAAAGAUUUUAAUGUUUUGUGGAGGAAUGACUAAAGAUACAAUGGAGCUAUUGUUGAUUUCAUUUCAUUUUUAAUAGGAGCACAAAAAACUCCUAUUUGUUAUAUGUAAAUUAUUACAUUUAAUUAUAUUCAGUGCUUUCAAGUGGAGCUUUUUUUUUUUUUAUUCUGCCAAAUUGUAGAUUCUUCUAAAUGUUACUUGAUGUAAAUAUCUGUGUUUCCAACAAGUCUGAAAGUGUUUCAUAUGUUUAAAUAUCAGGGGUGGGAUGGGGAAGGAGGGUGGUUAUUUGGACAACACCAUAGAUUUCAAAGUUUUAUCCUCAUUUGUAUUGUAUUUCCAUUUGUGUUUGCUUAAAACACUUCUCAUAUUACAAAUUAGAAAGCUAUAUCCAAAGGUUUUUUUGGUGGGAUUUUUUUUUUUUUUUUGUGGUAGACUUAUUUUAACAUUUUUUUUUUUAGCUUAAUAAAAAGCAUUGAUAUUACAUGAAUUUAAACUUGGAAUUUUUUUCUGCACUUUUUUAAGCAAUGAAACUUUUUCUUAUAAUUUGAUUUUUCCACAUUUCCUAAUUCAAAUGAAAUAGUAUAUGUGUACAAACACAUCAAAAUCAUAGCCAUGCAGAUAGCUUUGCUUUUGAAAAUUAAAUGGUUAAGAAUUUAAAAACCCUUGAGAUAAAAUUUUUCAAGGAUUAAAAAAUACAUAUAAAACCAGUUGCUGUAUAUUAGCCUUCUCAGUCUGAAAUUAUUGCAACACUUUCAGAUUUGUUUCAAGUUCAUACAAUAAUAAUGUUAUAUUUAUACAUACUGCUAAAGAAUAUACUUUUAGUUUUCAAAAAGAAAUUUUAUAUAUGUACACUUUAAUUUAAGAAAAGAUGAACUUGUUAAGUCAGAGUACUUAAAAAGUAUGUAUAUUAUCCAUACAAAAAGUUAUGUUUUACGCUUCUAAUAAGAAAUAUAUUCGUAUCUCAUAUCGAGAUACAAGUAAUUAAAAAGAUAACGUACUUCACUAGAAAUCUUUCACACACUCGGCAAGAUAAUAUCAUAGGUCUUAUAACCCCUCUUUUCAACAUUCUUUAUUAUUACAUUUGGUCGGGGGAAUAUACCCUCAAACACUCUUAAUUGCAAAAUCUUUCUCAAUAGCUGCAGGUUGCUGUUGGAUGCCUACCGUGACUUUUGUUUUAAAAUAUAAAUAUAUAUAUAAAAUAUAUAAAUAGUUUUUUCAGGUAUUUUCUUCAGCAUUUUUAAAAUAAAUUUCCAAAAACUAAAACAGAGUUUAUGUAUUUUUGUGUGAAGAGAUUUCUUUUGUAGUUGAUAGAAUUUGUUUUUUCAGUUUGAUAUUUAGUAAUAAGUAUUACUGUAAAUUUUUUUCCAAUUUUGAUUUUGAAAAGCAUAGCACUUUUUUUAUCUAAAUGGUUUAUUUAUUCAUCUGGGUUAAAAUUUGUUGCCCAUAUGUUAAUAUUGUUGGAUAUUUUAGAAUUUGAAAAUGGGUAUGAUAAUAUAUGUGUUUAUUUACAGCUUUUGUUAAUUGAACCUUUCUUUAUCCUGAAUGAUUUCUUAUAAAAUAUAAUGUGAUCAUUUUCCCUGUAGAUACAAAUUACUUCAUUACCAUAGAAGUUUCAGAUUUUGUAGACAAAAAUUGUUUAUUUUGGGGAAAGAAAAUUAAACAUGAAAAGCUUACAAUACUUCAGAGAAUUAAUUUAAUUUACUUAAAUCUGUUUCCAGUUCAAACAGUUAUAACUUUUGCUUUCUACUGCUAGUCAUAUAAUUUACUAAAUUAUCCUGUAAGCUCAUUGUUUCUAUCUCUACAAACCCAUGUGGAUAUCCUAAUUUCUUUCAUGUAUGAUAUUCUAAGCCAGCAAGUAAGUGUACUUCUGAUUUGACUACAUCUCAGAAGAAUAACGAAUGUCAGUUUUUCCAAUACUUUUCACAUGAGGAUAAUAAUUGAUGAAAAUGUAUAGUAUAUUGUUAUUGACUAAAUCAGUAUUAAUUUGGUAUAGGGUUUUUGGCUCAAGUACUUAAAAUGGGAACAAGUUAUUGUGAUAGAAUUGUGUUCAUUUGAAAUUUUAGCUGUUUAAAUUGUGUUUUCAUAUUAAUGGUUAAAAUAUUCAGCUAAAAAUAUGCUCAUUGAAAAAAGAAAAUAAACAUAACAGAAGGCAAUGCUAGGGGAUACAUAUUGUGUUUUAAGUAUAUACAUUUUUUUCUUUGUAAAUAAACAGUAUUAUAUUACUUUAGACUUGACCUCUACUAAAUGUAAUAGAACUAAGAAACACAUCCUGCUUUCCAGUUAUGCAACUGCUUCAUUGUAAAAGCACCACCAAAAGAUAAUAUGGUAAAGAAAAAAAGUAAGUUUUUCUACCAUAGCCCAUUCACUGGGCAAGCAUGCUUAAAGUAGAGUUCUAGCUUCUAUAUAACUUAGACUGUACAUGCAGAUUUUUUUUUCCUUCAUUAAAGUUUCUUUUUAAGUUGGUCUUGCUGAGGCCCAGUUGCUGUCUUAAAGGUAAUUAUUAGAAUAUGCAUUUUUAAAUAAGGUUGCAAAUCCAUUUGUCUGUAUAGUUUCAUAUGAACUACAAGCAUACUGUUGCAAACAUUGAAAUAUGUCAGAAUUCAUACAUAUCUCACAUUCAUGUAAUUGAACUCUGUCAUUACAACAGAAGGAUUAAAAUAAGGUAAUGGAAUAUUUUUGUAAAUAAAUACCUGUCCACCAGGUAUUUUAAAAGAAAAAAAUGUGUUAUAUGUUUCUUAAAAAAAAAUGUUCAUAUAUGUAUGUAUAUGAAUGUGUCAUUAUUCUGAACGACUCUGAUUGGGCAAAAUAAACUACUCAAAUUUCUCCUGAAACAAAAUAAGCCCUUUUCUGGAAA